CGGCAUGCUGGGGGCGGUAGAGAGUAACUCUCGUUAAAACAUCAACCGGCGCUUCCUGCUUUACAUGAGCGGUGUGGAGAAGGAGACGCCAUCAUGGAUAUCCGCCCAAAUCACACCAUCUACAUCAACAACAUAAAUGACAAAGUCAAGAAAGAAGAGCUGAAGCGGUCUCUCUACGCGCUCUUCUCCCAGUUCGGUCAGGUGAUCGACAUCGUGGCCAUGAAGACGGCGAAGAUGAGGGGCCAGGCCUUCGUCGUCUUCAAGGAGCUCGCCGGCGCCACCAACGCCCUCCGGCAACUCCAGGGCUUCCCCUUCUACAACAAGCCCAUGAGGAUACAGUACGCAAAGACUGACUCCGAGGUCAUCGCCAAGGUGAAAGGGACGUACGGCGACAAGGAGAAGAAGAAGGACAAGAAGAAGAAAGCUCAGGAGGCGUCGGCCGUCAGCCUGAUGAAGAAGCCGGCGGCGGUGAGUCUUCUGGCGCCGUCGUUAGCUUCAGCUGUCUAAACGUUAGCUUCAGCU